AUGUCUCAAAGCGAUUGUAUCUCAUCUCGAGGCGUUGGGUUCUUGCCCGAUGUUCCCAAAUUCUUCGACGUUCUGGACGACUUAUGGCACCCUGAGACAAAUCCAGAGGGCAUAGUCAACCUUGGCCUAGCCGAAAAUCUUCAUGUCGACCCCCAUGCAUUAACCUAUGGUGAUGGAUUUACCGGGUCCAAAGUGUUGAAAAAGGCUUUUUGCCAGUUUUUGAACCGAUACUUCGAACCUCGUAUAUCUUUAAUACCGUCGCACUUAACUAUCACGCCUGGAGUAGGCAAUGCCAUUGAGUGCUGCGCGUGGUCACUGUUUAACUCGCGAGAUGAAGUGCUGAUCGGCCGGCCUUAUUGGACUGCAUUCAACUACAUUUUUGGCAUUCGAGCAGGUGUUCAAGUCCGUGAAGUGUCAUUCAAGGGCCUUGAUCCUUUUUCCUUAGAAGCCGUCGAUGAAUACGAGAAGGAGUAUAUUCAAGCAAAGAAGGAGGGGAAAUGUGUACAGGCUGUAUUAUUGUGUUCCCCACACAACCCUCUAGGCCGCUGCUAUAGCAAAGAAGUCCUAACGGCCUACAUGCGCCUUUGUGGCAAAUGGGACCUCCACCUUCUCGUCGACGAGAUUUAUGCACUGUCUGUAUUUGAAAAUACCGAAAUGGAAGAUGCAGUUCCAUUUACAUCAAUACUAUCAUUGAGUGCUGAGGGAUUGAUGGAUCCUCGCAAGAUCCAUGCACAGUGGGGAUUUAGCAAGGUACCUUUACUCAUUCUCAGAGACGUUCAUGAACUGACAGUACGGCAGGAUUUUGGCGCCACUGGUAUACGUAUAGGCUGUCUCAUAAGUCAAUCUAAUCCAGUGUUCCUGAAAUCUCUCGAGAGCUUUUCACUGUUUAAUUUCCCAUCAAGCCUUGCUGAUAACGCAGCGGCGGCUCUUUUGAUGGAUGAUAAAUUCACAGAUAGCUAUAUCUCUCUGUAUAGAUCUCGCCUACAAGAGAAUUACCAGUAUGUUACCUGCUGUCUAAAAGACCAUGGUAUCCCAUAUCGCAAGUCAAAUGCGUCUUUGUUUUUGAUGGUGAACUUGGCUGCGGUUGCUCAUGUAGUGAGCGAUGAUGAUAUUUUAGCACUGCUAAGGAAAGAGAAGUUAUAUGUCACCUCGGCAAGUGGUUACAAGAGUGAAACUUCCGGAUGGUUCCGCCUCGUCAUUGCGCACCCUCAACACGUGUUGGAUGAAGGAUUGAAAAGAGUGCAACGAGCUUUGUCUUAA